AUGGCGACCCGGCGUGUGGGGCGAAGCUACUGGGAGCUGAGUCCCACGGAGCGGAGGCCGCCGGCCAGGCUGCGGGGCCCCGGGGCCGCCGAGGAGGCGGCCUCCCCGCCCGUGCUGUCUCUCAGCCACUUCUGCAAGGCGCCUUUCCUCUGCUUCGGGGACGUCCGCCUGGGCGCCUCGCGGACACGGUCUCUCACCCUGGACAAUCCCAACGAGGAGGCGGCCGACGUGAGGGUCUGCCGCUUCCCGGCCGCCGACCGCGGCUUCAGCAUCGCGACGCGCGGCUUCCGGCUGCAGCCUAAAGAAAAAAUUGUGAUUUCUAUUAGCUGGACUCCAGUCAAGGAAGGCCGAGUAAGAGAGGUUGUGACGUUUCUUGUAAAUGAUAUUUUAAAACACCAAGCUAUAUUACUAGGAAAUGCAGAAGAACGGAAAAAGAAAAAGGGAAGGCUUUGGAAUAGCAUUAAUAAGAAGACUGUUUCAACCUCUUCAAAUCAUAGCAAAGGAAUUUCUAAUAGUGAAAAUGUUAAUGAAACAUUCAAUGUUUUCCAAAAAAUUGACACAGCUAGAAGCCCAUUGCAAGCCUGUGAAAAUUUGGCUAUGACUGAAGUCUAUUCCCCAACAGAACAUAAUUCUUUAGUCCUUGAAGAAAAUAGAUCCCCCAUAUCACCAAUUAGCCCCUCUUCCACAGGAAGCUAUGGUGAGGCUUGUUUGUCACUUUCUAACCGUCAAUCUACCACCUACACGUCUCUUCACAUAUCUGAACAUGUGGACGUAUUGAAAGUAGAAGGCUCCACUAUUUCAAAUGACCGUAAUCAGCAAGUCACAUCAGUAGGAUCCUUUAAUUCCAUCAACAAAAUUAAUGGCCAAACUGAUGAGAAUAACGGACUCAUUCUUACUCCAAACUGCUCUUCUUCAACUUUGAGUAUUACACAAAGCAAUGGGGAUUUUCUGAGUCCGGACUCUUUUGUACGUAAUAGCCACAUAGGUAAUAAUGAAGUUGAACUAGUUACGCGCCUGUCUUCAGAUACAUUUCUGAAAGACAAUUCAAAGGUUAUGCAUUUGGAAUCAAAAAGUGUACAUGAAAUUUAUCAAGCUAUUUUAAGUCCAGAUUCUUUUGUAAGUGAUGGUUAUGGACUAAAACAGGCUCUAGAAUCAGAGACAGGUAAACCCAUACUGUCACCAAAUCAAUUUGUAAAAGAUAACAUGGCCUAUAUAUGUUCAUCUCAGCAAACAUGUAAACUAUCACCAUUAGCAAAUGACAAUUUACAGGCCCCACAGCCGCCUCAAGUUUGGAUCAAAAAUAAAGUUUUACCAGGUACUUAUGAUUGUCAGGAUUCAAAAUCUCCCAGAGCUAUUUUUGAACAACCCAAAACUGUAGGUAUGAAGUCAGAUUACAAAAGUUUUACAAAACAAAACCAUCUGAAAUUUUCUGCAGUUCAGGAUUCUAAUUACAAACACAAUGAACAAUCCAAAAAACGCCCAAUACUUUCCAGCACUGUUACUAAAAGGAAAUCUAACUGUGUCAGAAAAAAACAAACUGAAACUAAUAAACCAAAGGUGAAGAGAUGCCUCAACAUUACAGCAGGUGAACUUGAGCAAGGGAUAGUUGACAAUCAAAGAGACAAAGAGUCUUUUCAUUCAUAUCUUCCAAUUAUAGAGCCAAUUGCAAUUAAUUGUAACAAUGGUAAAAAUGAAACAAGAUCUCCCUUAAAGACUACUUUAGUUACCCGUAAAAGAAAGAGUGCUGGAAACUUGGAAGCUGCAAAUGUGAGAAGUGCAGUUGUGGGACUUACUGAAAUACAAGAAAUCAAAAGAAUCCACUUUUCGCCUGUGGAAUCUAACACAUCAACUGCUAAAAAGAGCAAAAAAGUCAUCACGCCUGUCUCAAAACAUAUGAGUAGCAGAGCGAAAUUAAACCUGAAGAAGAGAACAGAUUCAUUACUAUGCAGAACUCCUAGUUCCAAAACGAACAAGAGGACUAAAGCUAUUGUUCCUGUGGCACAGUCCAAUUUGACCUUCAUAAAACCACUAAAAACAGAUAUUCCUAGACAUCCAAUGCCAUUUGCUGCAAAAAAUAUGUUUUAUGAUGAACGCUGGAAGGAGAAGCAAGAGCAGGGCUUCACUUGGUGGUUAAAUUUUAUAUUGACUCCUGAUGACUUCACUGUCAAAACAAGUAUCUCUGAAGUAAAUGCUGCUACUCUUCUUUUGGGAAUGGAGAGCCAACAUAAAAUAAGUGUUCCUAGAGCGCCGACGAAAGAUGAAGUUUCUCUCAGAGCUUACACUGCCCGCUGCAGACUGAAUCGAUUACGGCGUGCAGCCUGCCGUUUGUUUUCUUCCGAAAAAAUGGUGAAAGCUAUUAAAAAACUUGAAAUCGAAAUUGAAGCAAAACGGUUAAUUGUUCGUAAAGAUAGACAUAUUUGGAAGGAUGUGGGAGAACGGCAGAAAGUAUUAGAUUGGCUUUUAUUCUAUAAUCCUUUGUGGCUACGAAUUGGCUUAGAGACAGUUUUUGGAGAACUCAUAUCUUUGGAAGACAACAGUGAUGUCAUGGGGUUGGCUGUGUUCAUUCUGAAUCGCUUGCUUUGGAAUCCUGAUAUAGCAGCUGAAUACAGACACCCCAGCGUUCCUCAUCUUUACAGAGAUGGUCAUGAAGAAGCUUUGUCCAAGUUUACUUUGAAAAAGCUAUUGUUGUUGGUCUGUUUCCUUGACUAUGCGAAAAACUCCAGACUUAUUGAUCAUGACCCUUGUCUCUUCUGUAAAGAUGCUGAAUUCAAGGCUAGUAAAGAAAUUCUUCUGGCUUUUUCUCGAGAUUUUCUGAGUGGUGAAGGUGAUCUUUCUCGUCACCUUAGCUUUUUGGGAUUACCUGUUAGCCACGUUCAGACGCCAUUUGAUGAAUUUGAUUUUGCUGUUACAAAUCUUGCUGUAGACUUGCAGUGUGGGGUGCGUCUUGUGCGAACCAUGGAACUUCUCACACAAAACUGGAAUCUCUCAAAGAAACUCAGAAUUCCUGCAAUAAGCCGUCUUCAGAAAAUUCAUAAUGUUGACAUUGUUUUUGAAAUUCUUAAAUCACGAGGAAUUCAACUGAUUGAUGAGCAAGGAAACACAAUUCUGUCUAAGGAUAUUGUGGACAGGCACAGAGAAAAAACUCUUGCGCUGCUUUGGAAAAUAGCGUUUGCUUUUCAGUAUUUUAUAAGUGUGAAUGUGGUAGCACCUUGGGUAUACAUUGUAGAAUGCGUUGAUGCUGUUAGAAAAUGUAGUUUUCUCAAUGAUAGAAAAUGAAUAGUGGACUGUAAAACAUUAGCAUCUAUGCCUAUUACUAUAGAGUUAAUUAUUUCUAUUUUUUCCCACUAGGUGGAGAAUUUUACCGUGUCUUUCUCAGAUGGCCGAGUGUUAUGUUACUUGAUCCACCACUACCACCCUUGCUAUGUGCCUUUGGAGGCGAUCUGUCAGCGCACUACGCAGACUGUGGAGUGCACGCACACUGGCUCAGUGGUGUUAAACUCAUCCUCGGACUCUGAUGCUAGUUUUCUGGAUGUGUCUCCUAAAGCAUUUGAUCCUGAAAAUGCUUCAGCGUUACACAAAGAGCUCUUGGAAAAUGAAAAGAAAAAUUUUCAGCUGAUCAGCUCUGCAGUUAGAGAUCUUGGUGGAAUACCUACUAUGAUUCAUCAUUCGGAUAUGUCAAAUACAAUUCCAGAUGAAAAGGUGGUUAUUACCUAUUUGUCAUUUCUCUGUGCAAGACUUUUGGAUCUUCGUAAAGAAAUAAGAGCGGCACGACUUAUACAAACAACUUGGAGAAAAUACAAACUGAAAACAGAUCUGAAACGCCAUCAGGAGCGAGACAAAGCUGCAAGAGUUAUUCAGUGUGCUAUAAUCCGUUUUCUAACUAAACGGCGAUUGAAAAAGGAGGCUAAUGCAGCGCUCGCCAUUCAGAAAUCUUGGAGAAGAUUCUUAGCACAGAGAAAAUUAAAACUGUUAAAAAAGGAAAAACUGGAAAAAAUUCAAAGUGAAGCUGCAUCAGUAAUUCAGGCGGGUUGGAGAAGAUAUUCCACUAGAAAAAGAUUUCUGAAAUUGAAGUAUUAUUCAGUCAUUCUGCAAUCUCAGAUAAGAAUGAUAAUUGCUGUAACUUCUUAUAAGCGGUAUCUGUGGGCUGCAGUUGUAAUUCAGAGGCAUUGGCGUGCUUAUUACAGGAGAAAACAAGAUCAACAAAGAUAUAAAACGCUGAAGUCAUCAGCCCUUUUUAUCCAGUUCAUGUUCAGAAGAUGGAAGCGACGCAAAAUGCAAUUACAAACAAAAGCUACCAUAAUCUUGCAAAGAGCAUUCAGAGAAUGGCAAGUCAGGAGACGAGUGAAAGAAGAAAAAUCUGCUAUUAUCAUUCAGUCAUGGUAUAGAAUGCACAAAGAACUACGUAAAUACACUCAUAUUAGAUCUUGUGUGGUGUUCAUCCAGACAAGAGUUAGGUGCUUUCAAGCCCAAAAGUUAUAUAAGAGAAAGAGAGCAUCUGUUCUGACCAUCCAAAAGUACUACAGAGCUUAUGCGAAAGGGAAGCUGGAGCGUACCCAGUGUUUGCAGAAACAGGCUGCAGCAGUUGUACUACAGACUGCCUUCAGGAGAAUGAAAACUCGUCAUUUACAUCGGCGGCUCAGAGCCGCGUGUGUCUUACAGUCUUAUUGGAGAAUGAGACAAGAAAAACUGAAAUUUGUAAGCCUAAAGAAGGCGGUCAUCAAAUUGCAGGCACACAUUAGAAAAUAUCAACAACUACAGAAAUAUAAGAAGCUGAGAAAAGCCGCCCUGGUAAUCCAGGCUCGUUUCCGAGCUUGCAGUUCAGCCAGGAAAGUUCUAGCCUCGUAUCAGAGAACACGUGCUGCUGUCAUUGUUCUGCAGUCUGCAUGCAGAGCAAUGCAAGCGAAGAAAAAGUUUGUCCACAUCCGAACAUCUGCUAUAAAGAUUCAGUCAUAUUAUCGAGCUUACACUGCCCGCAAAAAGUUUAUGAGCCUAAAAAAUGCAACAAUAAAGUUGCAGUCUGUUGUCAAGAUGAAGCAAGCCCGCAAACAGUAUUUGCGUUUAAGAGAAGCAGCACUGUGUAUCCAGCAAUGGUACCUUUCCCAAAAAAGGGCUGCAUUAAAGAGAGAAGCAUUUAUACAGGUGCAGAAAUCUUGUAUCAAACUGCAAGCUUUUGUUAGAGGAUACCAGGUUCGAAAACAGAUGAGGCUGCAAAGAAAAGCUGCGAUUUCACUACAGUCUUAUUUCAGAAUGAGAAAAACUAGACAAUCGUAUCUGAAAAUUUAUAAAGCAACCAUUGUCAUUCAGAAUUACUACCAUGCACACAAAGCAGGAGCCAAUCAGAGAAAGAACUUCUUGCAAAUCCGAAGAGCAGCUACUUGCUUGCAGGCAGCCUACCGAGGUUAUAAAGUACGCCAGCUAAUCAAACAACAAUCUGUAGCUGCCAUUAAAAUUCAAACUGCCUUUAGAGGCUAUAGUAAAAGGAUGAAAUAUCAAUGUGUUCUUCAGGCUGCUAUCAAAAUUCAGAGAUGGUACAGGGCAUACAAGACUUUACGUGAUAAGAGAACCCUGUUUUUAAACACACGAGCAGCUGUAAUAUUUCUCCAGGCUGUGUACCGUGGCUGGAAAGUUCGGAAGCAGCUCAGAAGGGAACAUAAUGCAGCAGUGAAGAUUCAGUCUGCUUUUAGAAUGAUCAAGGCCCGGAAACAGUUUAGAUUGUUAAAAAGAGCAGCUGUAGUCAUCCAGCAGCAUCUGAGAGCAAGGGCUGCAGGAAAGCAGCAGCGUACGGCAUACGUUGAACUCCAUCGGGCUGCGCUGAAGCUUCAAGCCUCCUGGAAAGGGAGGAAAGUGAGAUGGCAGAUUCAAAGGCAGCAUGCAUGUGCAACUAUCAUCCAGUCAUACUACAAAAUGUAUGUGCAACAAAAGACGUGGAGAGCCUGGAAAAAAUCAGCUCUUCUUAUCCAACUGCGUUAUAGGGCUUACCGGAUUGGACAGAGGCAGCGUCAUUUAUAUUUGAAAACAAAAGCAGCUGCAAUCAUUUUACAAUCAGCCUACCGAGGUGUUCGAGUCAGGAAAAUAGUAAAAGAGAUGAAAAAAGCUGCAGUCAGUAUCCAAUCUAAAUAUAAGGCCUACAAAACCAAAAAAAAUUAUGUAACCCAGAGAGCUUCUGCUAUCACAAUUCAGAGAUGGUAUCGAGAUAUUAAAGCUGCAAAACAGCGGCGCAAGGAAUAUCUUGAUUUAAGGGCCAGGGCCAUUAAGAUCCAAGCUGUCUACAGAGGUACCAGAGUAAGAAGGCGUAUUCAACACAUGCACAUGGCAGCCACCUGCAUUAAAGCCAUGUUUAAAAUGCAUCAGUCCAAACUAAGAUACCAUGCAAUGAGAGCAGCAACUGUUAUUAUUCAAGUCAGGUAUCGAGCCUACCAUCAAGGUAGACUACAGCGUGCAAAGUACUUGACAAUUCGAAAAGCAGUUACUACAAUUCAGGCAUGGUUUAGAGGGUUAAGGGUCAGACAAACUCUAAGAGAGAUGCAGAUUGCGGCAACACUCAUUCAGUCACACUAUAGAAGAUAUAGGGAGCAAAAAUAUUUUGGAAAGCUAAAGAAGGUAACUAAAGCAAUACAGCAAAGAUACCGGGCAGUAAAGGCAAGAGACGUACAAUUUCAAAGGUAUAACAACUUAAGACAUUCGGCAAUAUGCAUCCAGGCUGCUUUUAGGGGAAUGAGAGCUAGAAGACAUUUAAAACGUAUGCAUUUAGCAGCAACUCUAAUUCAGAGGAAGUAUAGAAUUCUAAUGAUGAGAAGAAGAUUCCUCUCUCUCAAGAAAACUGCUCCUUGGGUUCUGAGCAAGAGUCACGCAAAUGUUGGCACAAGGCAUCAUUUAGAACAAUCCCUCCAGGUACAAAAGGCGGCCAUUAAAAUCCAGUCAUCGUGCAGAAGAUCGAUGGUAAAAAAAAAGAUGCAAGAGAUGCACAGGGCUGCGGUUCUCAUUCAGGCUGCUUUCAGAAUGCACAGAGCACGGGUGAGAUUUCAGACUUACAAACAUGCCACAGUUCUAAUCCAGCAACAUUACCGCGCAUACAGAGCUGCGAAACUGCACCGAGAAAACGAGAGCAGACGACUGCAAACCACUGUGGUCACCCAUGCUGCAGGUGAGGGCAGGAGCACAAGACAGCUCCUACACGAAGAACAACGAGCCACUAUUGUAAACCAAAGCUCAUAUAGCGUGCACAGGCAAUAUUACCACCGAAAGGUUCAGUGGGCUAUGAACAUCUUGCAAGGAAGAUCCAGAGCAAAAGAAAGCCAACAGAGAGCUCUUCAACACAAGGCACUCAGGAAAGCAACCAGUUGCGUGCUGGAAGGGUUCCAGGGCGUGCACAUAGGGAAUCAAAUUCGGAAAGAGCAUCAGGCUGCCACUGUUGUGCAGAAGCACUUUAAAGCCUUUAUAGUUAGGAGGCGGUAUCUCCAGCUCCGAGCCGCGGUCAUUUGUGUUCAAAGAAGAUACAGAGCACUAAUUGCAACGCAGAAGCAUACCCAAACCAUUAUCUGCACACAGGCUUCUCACGGAGGCUGCGAGAGACAGAGCGGUACCCAGCGAAGGUACCUGGCUGCCACCCUCAUCCAAUCUUUCUACCGAAUGCACAGGGCCAAAGUCCUGUAUCAAACAAAGAGGGCCGCCGCUGUGGUUAUCCAGAAGUAUUAUAGGUCAUAUGUCAGAGUAAAAAUAGGAAGAAAGAGAUCUUUAGCGGUGGCGACAUCUGCCCCGACCAUUCUGGCUGCCCCUAGAGGCGUGCACGUUGGGCAGGAACUGGAGAACUCUGCGGCAGAGAAGGCGGCCAUCGUCCUGCAGGCUGCGUUCCGCUGUUACCGAGCUAAAACGCAGUACAGCGCUGUUCGAGGGGCGGCAGUAAGGAUUCAAAGGUGGUAUAAAGCUGCUCUACGUGCUCGGUCACUGGAAGCAGAGCAUCACUCUCAGAGAAAAGCGGCACUGACGAUUCAAAAGGCUUUUCGUAAAACGGUCACAAGAAAACUGGCAACACAAAAGCGCGCUGCCCUACGAAUCCAGUGCUUCCUUCACAUGGCUCUGUACAAGAGAAGAUUUGCUCAGCAAAAAUGGGCUGCCAUCACUUUACAGCAGUAUUUCAGGGCGUGGCAAACCAGAAAGGAGUUUUUGUCAUACAGGAAAGCGGCAGUGGUUUUGCAAACUUACUUCAGAGCGUUUCUGUGUGCAAAAUAUCAAAGACAAGUUUAUUUACAGACCAGGAGCAGUAUUAUCAUAAUUCAAGCUAGGAUGAAAGGAUUUUUACAAAGAGAAAAGUUUCAGAAAAUUAAAGAGAGCACCAUAACGAUCCAGGCUGCAUGGAGGAGAUAUAAAGCUAGGAAGUCUUUCUAUGAAAUGAAAGCUGCCUGCAAGAUUCAAGCCUGGUAUAGAUGUUACAGAACACGUAACCAAUAUUUAGCUGUAUUAAAAGCUGUUAAAUUCAUUCAAGGUUGCUUCUAUACCAAAAUGGAGAGGAAAUGGUUUUUGAAUCUGAGAGCAUCAACUGUUAUCGUUCAGAGAAGAUGGAGAGCUAAACUUGCUGGAAGAAUAGUUCAUGAGCACUCCUUAAUGAUGAAAAGACAUCAAGCGGCCUGUUUGAUUCAAGCAAAUUACAAAGGAUAUAAAGGAAGACAGGUCUUUCUUCGGCAGAAAUCUGCUGCCUUAACUAUACAAAGAUAUAUAAGAGCAAAGAAGGCUGAGAAGUGUGAAAGGAUAAAAUAUCUUGUAUUAAAAAAAUCCACAAUUGUUCUACAAGCAGUGAUCCGUGGGUGGUUAGUAAGAAAAAGAAUAUUAGAACACAAAAGAAGAAUCAGGCUUCUUCAUUUCACAGCAGCCGCAUAUUUUCAUCUGUCUGCUCUUAGAAUACAAAGAGCAUAUAAACUUCACAUGGCGGUUAAGAAUGCUAAGAAGCAGAUCAGUUCAGUCAUCUGUAUUCAGAGAUGGUUUCGAGCAAGAUUACAGCAAAAGAAAUAUCAGAGCAUAAUAAAAACUCGGCAUGAAGUUCAAGAGUUGUUGGACCAACAAAAUAGGGCUGCAUUAGUAAUACAGAAAGCAGUUCACAAUUUUCUUGUCCGUAAAAAACAGGAAAAAGUUAAUAGUGGCGUCACUAAAAUUCAGGCAUUGUGGAGAGGAUAUUCUUGGAGGAAGAAAAAUGAUUGUAAGAAAAUUAAAGCUAUCCAACUGAGUCUGCAAGUGGUUAAUAGAGAGAUCCAAGAAAAAAAUAAGCUCUGCAGAAGAACAGCACUUGCACUUCAUUCUCUCCUGACAUAUAAGCACCUCUCAGCCGUUCUCGAGGCAUUAAAACACUUAGAGGUUGUCACAAGAUUGUCUCCACUUUGUUGUGAGAACAUGGCCCAGAGUGGAGCAAUUUCUAAACUCUUUGUGUUGAUCCGGAGUUGUAAUCGUAGUGUCCCUUGUAUGGAGGUCAUCAGACGUGCGGUGCAAGUCCUGCUAAAUGUAGCAAAGUAUGAGAAAACUACUCCAGCAGUGUAUGCUGUAGAAACUUGCAUCGAAACCCUGUUGGAGCUUUUACAGAUGUACCGAGAAAAGGCUGGAGACAGAGCUGCAGACAAAGGUGGAAGCAUUUUUACAAAAUCAUGUUGUUUGCUGGCUGUUUUACUGAAGACAACGAGUCGGGCCUCUGAUGUUCGCAGUAGGUCCAAAGUUGUUGACCGUAUUUAUAGUCUCUAUAAAUUUACAGCUCGUAAACAUAAAAUGAAUAUUGAAAGAAUACUUUAUAAACAAAAGACGAAUUCUUCUAUAAACAUUCCCUUUAUUCCUGAGACUCCUGUAAGAACCAGAGUAGUUUCAAGACUUAAGCCAGGUUGGGUUUUGAGAAGAGAUAGCCUUGAAGAAAUCACUAAUCCUCUGCACGCUAUUCAAAUGGUGAUGGAUACACUCGGCGUUCCUUACCAGUAGUUGUAAACAUUUCAGGGUGCACAAAUAGUGAAGCUAAUCAUGUGUGUGUUAUUGCCCUUUUUGUAUCACUCCUAAAAUCUGACUUUGUAUUAAAUAAAUAACAAAACUGUUUGGUA